AUGAACAAUACAUAUCCAGAGCUAAAUAACACUGAGAAUUAUUGUCGAGACCCUCAGAACUCACGACAACAACCUUGGUGGUUUACUACAGAUAGGAACAAGAGAUGGGAGUACUGUGAUAUCCCUAAAUGCAUACCAGGUAUAGAGAAAUAUUGUACUGUGAAAUCAUUGUAUACAUCGGGCUUCGGUGGCGCAAUCGCCUGAUGAAGCGUCUUUGAUCUCAGAGAUCGUGGGUUCGAUUCUCGCUGCGGGCUCGUGAUGCUUAUGUGAAAAGAAUCAGUCAACGCUCCACCUAGUCUCCCUCGCAGACGUUCUUAUAGCUCUAACCCUCGCUAACUAACGUCUGCUGAAACGAGCUGCACAUUCCAUUCCCUUUGUUUUAGGAGCCAAUCAUCUGGUAGUGUUCAAAUGAGUUAGAGCCCAUUGGAAGCCUUCUUACUGCGAGAUUAGGGUUAGCUACUGGGGAAAACCCUUCUUUUUGGUUUGAAAUUUGUUUACUUGCGUGGAGAUAUUUUGGAAACUAUGGCCUUGAACUUCAUGAUAUUUACGUAGAAUAAUAUUGUGAUAAUCUUCUGGACGAGUGUUCUCAAACAACCGGUGAAUAUAAAAUGCAAGAGCUAUGCAAUAAGCGAAAUUUUAAAUUUUGUUGACAAUUACUACUGAAGCAAUCGGGAAACUCGAGAACAAGUAUAUCAGGAUAAUGUCCAAAUGUUGUUAUUAAAUACUUCCUAUAUGCCAUGGCUUCGACGAAAAAUUCUAAAAGAUUAAGCCCUCGUUGUCAUGUAGAAAAGUAUAGCGAAGUUAGAUGUAUAAAGGUUUCGAAGUUUGGGCGAAUUGGAAAUUCAUCUCGGCGCAUUUAAAAGUUUCUCGGGUUUUUAAUAUAUUUUUUUGUGUUGUGUUUACAUUCAGAAGUCAGAAGUGGUUGCUCAAACAGCAAAUUAGUUUAUUUUGAAACUAAUAUUUCGCUUUCUAAGCCACAGUAUUAUAUCAAAUUUUCUGUAUUCUGAGUUUUGUUGUCUUAAAGAUAAACAUCUGUCUGGGCUAGAUUCGUCUUCCGAUAUUUUAACAUUUUAAAAUAAAAUUUUUUACCCAGUUUCAACCUUCCAAGCUCUACUUUUAGCUUCCAUUAUGUCUUCCACUGGUUGCAAUUUUAACAUUUUUCAAAUAGAUUCAUACAGUAUAAUGCCAUCAUCUUCAGUACCGCAUCUGAUCAUUAAUGGUGCAUUUUAUUACCUGGACCAGUAUCAAUAUCUUUAAAUUCAAUUUAUGUGCAAUUUUGACCAAAAUUCAAGCGACGACUGCUUUUAAAAUAUAAAAAUAUUUAUGUACUAUUUAUUCCGCCCCCAAAUCACUUUCCAAAAUAUAGAAGGUUCGCUGUGAUUGGUCGAUCGAAGGGAAUGGAAUGUGCAGCUCGUUUCAGCAGACGUUAGUUAGCGCGGAUUAGAGCUGUAGGAACGUCUGCGAGAGAGACCACGCUCCACCGAAAGUCGUGGGUUUUCUUCGGGUACUUCGGUUUCCUGACCCUAGCUGUGCUUCAUGGUCAAUCAUGAGUCAUAACGGAGGCACCCUUAGAAAGGCUUCGACUUGAUCAGGUUGACCUGCGUCCUUCGUAAUUCAGCUUAGCUCUAGUCUGCAAAUAAGGAUGAUUAGCACAUCCACACUUAUUUUACAAAUAAAAAAUAAAAGUAAAUUACAGUUCAGGCACUUUGAUCGUGUUGGCCGGAGACUCAAACAAGUAAUUAUUUUUAUGUGGCCUUAAAGGCUACUUUCAUGCAAGACCGAACGAAAUCGGAAUUCCAAUUUAGAUUUUCAAACAAAUUUUCCGUAGAUGGUCCAUUUUACAGCUUACAAUCAAUCUCGCAACUUUAUUUUAAAGUAUUUCUAAAACGCCAAUGCUGAUCCACAUACAGUGCAACGAUAGUUGAGAUUUGAUAAUAUCAGUGCUUCAGCAACUGGCUUUAUAAUAAAAUGGUGUCUUUAUAUAGUAUUAACAAAAUAAAAAGCUCGUGUGGCCGUGUGUGACUACAAUACGUCUUUGUCUUUCCUACAGUUGAUGGUAGUUAUGGCAACUGGUCAUUAAACGGUACAUGUUCUUUAACUUGUGGUGAAGGUUUUGAAACAUGGUCACGAGGAUGUAACAACCCUAAGCCAAAGUAUGGUGGAAGAAACUGCAGUCAUCUAGGAGAACCUGUUGAGUACGGACCAUGUACUAAAAAUGUUUGCAUUGGUAAACACACUAUCUCUUUACCAUUAACCUUCGAAUAA